AUGACUAGCCUCCCAACCACGCCUUCUCCAGGAGAAGAACUGAUGGCCACCCCAAUCCUACAGGCCACUGAGGCCCUGUCCCCAGAAGCUGAAGCCAGCACAGCACUCAUUGCAGUUGUUAUCACAGUGGUCUUCCUCACCCUGCUCUCAGUCGUGAUCUUGAUCUUCUUUUACCUGUACAAGAACAAAGGCAGCUACGUCACCUACGAACCUGCAGAAGGCGAGCCCGGCGCCGUCCUCCAGAUGGAGAGCAACUCAGCCAAGGGCAGGGAGAAGGAGGAAUAUUUCAUCUGA